UUGGUCACACUGUUCUGAUAAACUUUUCAAUUUCAGUCUAUUCUAUUUUGUUAGUUUUAAAUUGUUGCAAUAGCUAUUAAUUACUUUUAUAACUCGAAACCAUGAUUGCGAGGACCCUGAGAGCCGUAGGUCAGCGAAGUCGCAACCAGCUGCUCCGAAGGAGGCCCAUAUACCGCCCAUUUCACGCGUUCCCGGCAAACUUUAGCAAGGCCUACGACCAUGAUGGAAAAACAAAAGUGACUAUUUUCAACACCGAGACGGAUCUGGGGCUGAUGGUCACCGGAUAUAGCCAGUACGGGUUCAGGCUUAACAACGACAUGGUCCUCAUAGGACCAAUUUCCGUGUUUCCCAGAUCUGUGCUUUCCUGGAACGUAAACAGCUUCGAGGACAUUAAUGAGGAGAGCCUUAGCCUUUUUCCCACUCUGGAGCCAAAAAUCGACGUUCUUAUUAUUGGCAUUGGCGAUCAAUCUCCACCGCCAGCCCUUUCAAAAAGGAUAAUUGAAUUCAUGAAGAAACACAAAAUAAACGUUGAGGUUCUCCGCACGGAGCAGGCUUGUGCCACCUUUAACUUCCUGAAUGCCGAGAAUCGAAUGGUGGCCUGCGCCUUAAUUCCCCCGCUUCAUCUCACCUAUAAUGAAAACGACAUUUUGCAGACGAAGCUGCGGCAAAAGGAGCUCUACGAGACAGAAUAGGAUUACUUAGAUAUAUCUAAUGCUUGUUUGAAAGGCUUGUGCUCUAUUAGGAAUUAAACUGUUUUUUAAAAUUCA